AUGACUACCAACUUCAGAGAGUGCGCCAAGCGAUUCGCAGAAAACUCAACACUCCGCGAAACAUGGGGUUGGCAUGGUAAGAUCAUCGGAAUCGAUUACAACUCUACGACCCAGAUAUCCCGUGAAGGGUGCAUAUACCUUUGUGGUAACGGCGCGCAUUACUACCCGUGGAAAGACGUUUCAGGUGUAAUCACCACCUGGAUACUCCCAAUCAUCGGUGUUCUUUUGCAGGCACCUUUUGAGAGCAACGCAACUCAACGAACAUUGUUGGCCAUCACGCGGUGGGUUGGCUCGCCCAUCGCAUCGAUAUCCUACGUCCUAUGGAAUAUCAAAGUGUCUGCCAAGGCUGCCAUGAUGGUUGACAUGGCUGUCAAGUAUGACGAGACCCCCCAUCGCAAGACCGACUUCGGUAGCAUGCGAGACUCUAUGUAUCUCUUGCUGGUUAUGAAUCAGUACACGCUAAAGCCUACGGUCAUGUCGAAAGACCUUCAGAAAGAAGCCGAGGGCCUAUUGCGCAUCACGCUCUUUAGCAAAGACCUUGUGUUAACAGAUACCGACAAGACGCUCCGUCAAAUGAGACGCAUACUGGCCCGUGAGGUGCGUGAGAUGAGAAGAAGGGGGACCGUUCCGGUCUUUAUAUCCAUCAUGUGGUUCUUAUUCGCAUUUGCGCUUUCCAUUCAAGAUGCUUUCGGUGACCUGGGAAACAACUCAACCGCUCACGAUUUGGCAUUGGGCUGUUUGCUGGCCUGGUUCCCAGUUCUAAUUAUGGGCUCUAUUGUUGACCGCAAUCCCAUAGCAGCAGAAGCGAUCCGCAAAAAGCUCAGCACCUUGGUCGAUCACGUCCGUCACGCACUACGCGACAAGCAACAUCGCGACGAAUUCAUCAAGACCUUUAGAGAUCAACCAGACUACCAUGAGCUGAAGUGCCGUAUCGAGAGUGUGGCGGACAAGGGCGAGUACAUGGAAGAAUUCUUCGUGGAUUUCGCCGGUCAGGCAAGAAUUCGAUGGCAUUAUGGUGCCGCACAUGCAAUUCUCUCUGAUAUAGAAGACUGCUAUAUUGAGAGGAAAGGCCGUAAUUGGCUGGCUAAUGAGCGCGAAGCACGAGCAAGUCUUGUGUUGGGGCCUGUCAAUGAGGAAGGGUUGGUUUGGUUCGAUGUCCGAGAGUUCUGGCAAGUGCUAAGUGCCAUCAUCAUCGUUGCUGGAAGUUGCGGAGGUGCAUUCAUCUUAAGUUACUUCACACCCACCGUUGGCCUCGGUUGCCGCAGUGGAGGAUACACCAUCUUCUUCGCUGUUGCAUUGGGGCUGCUUAUCGUCGAAAUGACCGUCUGGAUGUUCCUUUCGCCGUACGAGUUCGAUGCGCUGUGUUCGCCAUGGCUGGGCAGAGUUGGAAGUCGUCUACACAGCCAUGUCACCUUUAACCAUUGGGAGGACGAUGCACAGGCGAGCUGGGGAAGACUCAAGCGAAGAGCGUCGCGAAUAGUUGACGCUACGAGCGGCCUUUUGAUCGGUUGUAUAGUCUCCAUAGUUCUUGUAGCGCCUUGGGUGGACAGAGCAGCCACCAGGGAAAAGAUUCAGGUAGCAUUGGAGAGGGAAAGAACUAGUCUCCGUGAAAUGCCUAUCAAAAGGAGGUGGGAGCUCUUCUUUUUCCGGCCAGUAGAGACAUUCAACACCAUAUGGUUAAUAUACAUCGUCAUGGCGCAGGUCUUUGAUCAGUCGAAUAGCCUAUGGGUCGCCUGGUGCUGGAUCUCCGGGACUGUCUUGACAGCAACAGUGAUGGGUUUAUCCAUGUUCUACAUCACUGUCGAAUGGUGUCAACAGUCCUUCCUAUCGACCGAGGAUUACGAAGACGCUAUGAAAGGACUGAGAAUGACACGAGCCUACCGGUCAUGGACGCUCUUCGCUCGCCGUACCUCUCGUGUUACAAUGAACCAUUUAGAAAAGCUUGCUCUUGCCAUUGGUUUGAUCAAGAAGCGUAAAAAGACGCUCAUGUGGACAAGGCAUCACACAUGGAAUCCGCUUGUUCCUCGCCGGACUUCCUCGUCAGGAAGAGACUAUUUCCGCGGAGCGCCGUCGAUUGAACUGACACCUUACGACAACGAUAGAGUGCCCGAUGUUGUCUUCGAAACCCCAGCAAUGGCUCACUCGUUGUUUCCACCAGCUAUCACACCACGUCGGACACGCAACGAGAGCGACGCCUCCCUCGAUCCACUUGACCUACCCGGUCGGCCCCGCACAAGCGGCGACUCUUCGACACCCCUUAUACAAAGGCCGUCGCAAGUAUAUCAGCAGAAUGAAGCAGACGGUCACGUGGUCGGCGAAGAGCGCAGAAGCUCAGAGACUCCUCUCAUAGAACCAGGUCUGGUGCGUAGUAACGCACAGACAGGGCCACAUAUGCAGGAUGCAGUGCAGAACCGGCAGGGCUAUCAUCGUGCACACUCGGAUCAGGGAUCUGCACUUCAGUCGAGAGAUACUGAACACGCUGGUUUGGGGAUAUCGUCUUCCUCGCAAGACCAUAACUACAGGUAG